AUGCUACUGGGUGUAACAGUAUUGUCUGGUAAUAACACGGUAUUCCUUAUGUUCAAGACCAUGCAGAACAUCGAUCGUGAAACGCCUGAUGUAAUCCCAACGGUGUUGAUGUUAUCAACAGUGAUCUGCUUUCCAGUCUACCGAAAUGCAGCGUUGAAAUUGUUUGGAUAUCACAAGGAUUCGGAAGAUAAUAAUUUAAAUGUUAUUCCAAUUAAGACUUGUCGAGUCAAGCCCACAUUAGGCAUGAUCACAUCGUGA